ACUAACUGUCAUAAAAAAAUUGAAAAAAUUGCAUCUUGCUUGUAUUGUAUGCUUUGCGUACAAUUUGCGUACCUUCAUAAGAUUAUAAAAUAGGUAUCAAAAGUCCGAUAAAUUAUUAGAAGCAGCGGUGUCUAAUUACGGAAAUAUAGUAGCGUGUGGUCGCUAGAUCACGCGAUGGAUGUAGACACGGGUGGGAGGCGUUCCCGCUCCCGCAGCAAGUCUGUGGAGUCGGGGCGCGUGUCUGCAGCGGGUUCGCGCGGUAGUUCGGGCUCUGUACGCUCGCGCUCCCGCUCUGGCUCAGCACGCAAAUCUAGGUCCCGCUCUGAAUCGCCUCGCCAUUCCCGCUCCCGCUCUGGAUCACCACGAAAGUCCCGCUCCCGCUCUGGAUCACCACAGAAGUCCCGCUCCCGCUCUGGAUCACCACGCAAGUCCCGCUCCCGCUCUGGAUCACCACGCAAGUCCCGCUCCCGCUCUGGAUCACCACGCAAGUCCCGCUCCCGUUCUGGAUCACCACACAAGUCCCGCUCCCGCUCUGGAUCACCACGCAAGUCCCGCUCCCAUUCUGGAUCACCACACAAGUCCCGCUCCCGCUCUGGAUCACCACGCAAGUCCCGCUCGCGUUCUCGCAGUGGCUCUGGUGCGCGCUCUCGGUCGGGCAGUCACAACUCACGCAGGUCACGGUCCCGUAGCGGCUCACCAGCCAAGUCCAGAUCGCGAAGCCGAUCACCUCGGAAAUCCAGAUCUCGCAGUGGAUCACCUGUAAGCGCUCGAUCCCGAAGCGGUUCUCAGACCAAGUCUAGAUCGCGAAGCAGAUCCGGCGCCAAAUCACGGUCGAGAAGCGGAUCCCCGGCAAAAUCUCGAUCUCGAAGCGGGUCGCGAGCUAAGACGCGUUCUCGUAGCGGCUCCCCAAGGAAAUCCAGAUCUCGUAGUGGAUCUCCAGCCAAAUCAAGAUCGCGAAGUGGAUCUCCCCGCAAGUCUCGAUCUCGAAGCGGCUCCCCCCGCAAGUCGCGGUCCCGCAGUGGCUCGGUGCCGCGCUCGGGCGCGGGUUCUCCGCGGCGGUCGCACUCGGGCUCCAAAUCUAAAUCUCCUGAUCCAGAGACGAGGAAGAGCAGAUCACGCUCUGGGUCCGGGUCCCGCAGGUCGCGCUCCCGCUCCGGCUCGCGGUCCAAGUCGCGGUCCCGCUCUCGCUCGGGAUCCCGCUCCCGCUCCCGCUCCAAGUCCCGCUCACGCUCACGGUCCGGGUCCAGAUCGCGGUCGCGGUCUGGAUCCGCUAAAUCUAGAUCCAGGUCUCCUUCGAGCUCUAGGUCACGCUCAGGGUCCGGCUCGCCGUCACGCAGAGAUGCCAAGAAGCGCCGCGUGGUGCGGCUGCAGUCGGACGACGAGGGCGAGCAGAGCGCCCCCGCCCCCGGCCCCGCCUCCCCCGCCGCCCCCUCCGCCGCGGCCCCCGCCGGCCCCGCGGCCGCCCUCGACGCCGACUCCUCCGACGACGACAUCGCGCCCGACUCCAAGAGCGCGGAGCUGGCGGGCGGCAUGUCGGACUUCGAGCUGAUGCUGGCGCGCAAGAAGGAGGAGCGGCGCGGGCGGCGGCGGCGGCGGGACAUCGACAUCAUCAACGACAACGACGACCUCAUCGCGCAGCUGCUGCGGGACAUGCGGCGGGCCGCCGACGACGACCGCGACCUCAACCGCCGCAACCAGCCCGCCGUGCGCAAGGUGUCCAUGCUCAAGCAGGCCAUGUCGCAGCUCAUCAAGAAGGACCUGCAGCUGGCCUUCCUGGAGCACAACGUGCUCAACGUGCUGUGCGACUGGCUGGCGCCCAUGCCCAACCGCGCGCUGCCCUGCCUGCUCAUCCGCGAGUCCAUCCUCAAGCUGCUGAUGGACUUCCCCGUGAUCGACAAGUCGCUGCUGAAGCAGUCGGGCAUCGGCAAGGCGGUGAUGUACCUGUACAAGCACCCCAAGGAGACCAAGGCCAACCGCGAGCGGGCCGGCCGGCUCAUCUCCGAGUGGGCGCGGCCCAUCUUCAACCUCUCUACAGACUUCAAAGCCAUGUCCCGCGAGGAGCGGCAGGCGCGCGACGAGGCGCAGGCGGCGUCGCAGGCGGCCUCGCUGGCGGGGCCGCAGCGCCGGCGCAGCGACGACCCCGCGGGCGCGGCCGCCGCCAAGCGCGCCCGCGGGCCCGCCGCGCCCGACGAGCCCGGCAGGCCGCUGCGGCCGGGCGAGCCGGGCUGGGUGGCCCGCGCGCGCGUGCCGCUGCCCUCCAACAAGGACUACGUGGUGCGGCCGCGCUCCACCUGCGACGUGGACAUGUCGCGGGCGCAGAAGAAGAAGAUGUCGCGCUACGAGAAGCAGAUGAAGCGCUUCAUGGACCAGAAGCGCAUGAAGUCGGGCAGCCGCCGCGCCGUCGACAUCUCCAUCGAGGGCCGCAAGAUGGCGCUGUGA